AGGCAAGAGGGCAAACCUCUCUCUUCCUAAAUCGCAUGCAAGCAAAGAAAGGAAUUGGAAAGAGAUUGCCCUCACCGCCUUCUCUUCCCACCUCCCCCUCUCCUUGUCUCUUUUUUAAGUCUCUCCCCCCUCCUUCUUCUUCCUCUCUCUCUCUCUCUCUCUCUCUCUCUCCCCUUCUGAUGGCUGUCUCCAUCUUGCUCAGGUCAAGGAUAGUUUCGAUGUUCCUUCUGUUUAACCUUUUAUCCUCAGAGUUUGGCUUCCUUCGACUUGGUUCUUCGCUAGGCAUCAACUACGGGCAGGUAGCCAACAAUCUACCAUCGCCGGAACAAGUGCGCCUCCUCUUGACCUCCCUAAGGAUCACCAAGACGAGGAUUUACGACACCAACCCUCGAGUCCUCACCGCAUUCGCCAACACCGGCAUCGACCUCAUCGUGACGGUGCCGAACGAGGCCGUGGGCGUGAUGAUGGACCCUCGACAAGCUCUGCAAUGGGUCAUGACCAACGUACAACCCUACUUUCCGGCCACGAAGAUCACCGGCAUCUCCGUCGGCAACGAAGUGUACACGAGCGACGACCCGACCUUGAUGUCGAACCUCGUCCCGGCGCUGCUCAGCAUCCACUCCGCGCUCGUCCAACUCGGCCUCGACUCGUACAUUCACGUGUCGACGGCGAAUUCGCUGGCGGUGUUGGAGAACUCGUACCCGCCGUCGAUGGGGUCAUUCAAGCCGGAGAUGGCGAACCUGUUGGUGCCGUUCCUUCAGUUCCUGGCCGCGACGAAGUCGCCCUUCUGGAUCAAUGCGUACCCCUACUUCGCCUACAAGGAUAGCCCUGCGAAGGUCUCGCUAGACUACGUUCUGUUCAACCCGAACGCAGGGAUGGUGGAUCCUUACACCAAGCUUCGCUACGACAACAUGCUGUACGCUCAAGUGGACGCCGUCAUCUUCGCCAUUGCCCGGUUGGGCUACGGCGGCGUGGACGUCAGGGUGUCGGAGACCGGAUGGCCAUCGAAAGGCGACCCCAACGAGGUCGGCGCCACCGUGGAAAACGCCAGGGCUUACAACAGGAACCUGCUCCUGAGGCAGAUCAGGAGCGAGGGGACUCCGGUGAGGCCAAACCAGAGAUUGGAGGUCUACUUGUUUGCCCUGUUCAACGAGGACAUGAAGCCCGGGCCGACCUCGGAGCGGAACUACGGACUGUAUCAACCCGACGGGACCAUGGUCUAUAACGUCGGCCUGGCCGCAUUGACAUCUUCUGCAUCCGUUUCUCUCACAUCUUCCGCGACAAGGGAAAAUGGAGAGACCAUGAACAGCAUUCAUGUCAUGGGACUUCCUCUUUGCCCAAACACCACCAAGAAGAAGAAGAAGCAGCGGCAGUACACCAGUGGAGGUAUUCCCCCUUCCACUAUCCUCUUUAUCUAAUCUACUACAACCACUUCUCUCUGCUUCCAAAUCUAACCACGGAAGCUGCUCGGAUUCCCUUCCCUUUCACUGAAAGGUAUGGCAAAGUAGGUCUCGGUAAUCGAAUUGGCGAAAAGGCCAAAGGGGGUCCGUCCCAUUUUUUUGUCAUGUGGUAUGAGAAUUUGAGACCUUUUGCUUUUUUUUUUCUUGCCUUUGA